AUGUUUGAAAUAAUCAUUUUGAUAGGUCCUGGGACUGAGCUGUUUCCAAUAGUGAACGAGAGGUUCUCAAAGGCCUGUCUCCCAAUCAUGAACAGCCCGAUGAUUCUGCACACGAUGAGAUCCCUUUCAACCGUUUCAAAAAAGUUCUUUGUGGUUGGCCUGAAUGAAGAGAAGGAUGAUCUUAUGAAUGCCAUAGGAGACAACAUCGACGUGCCUGUGGAGUAUGUGGGAAUCGACACUUAUGACGGAACCGUGGCAUCUCUUUUAAGUAUAUACCCGAUGAUAGCAUCUGAAGAUGUUCUCGUGUGCAAGGGAGACAUUGUGACCAAUAUGGACAUUCAAGCGAUGGCAUCCAAUUACUUCGGUACUAAGAAGAUGUUCAUGGUUAUUCUGGGGAAUGCCACAUCGGAAGUGUCCAUUCUGGGAUACAGAGGUGACGAACUGGUGUUUUACUCAAGCGACAGCAAUGAAGAGAUUCCAUUUCACCUGCUGAAGAAAGGACUAACCCUGACGAAAGAUCUUGAUGUUCUCCAGCUCUAUAUGUUCAAAACAUCCCUGUUCAAGAUGUUUAGCUCCAGCUGCUUUAGCUUCAAGCACGGGCUCCUACCCGACAUUGUGAAAGACCUUGCCCUAGUGAACCCAGUUGGGAUCCAUAGACCUGCAAAGAGUUAUGUUUAUCAGAUAAGGACGAUUAGCAACUAUUUAUGGGUGAAUACUCUGCUGAAGAGGCAUGCGAUUAGCAUCGAUAAGAAGUUGAAGACAAGCGAGUCGAAUGCAAAGUUUAUAAAGGACUAUGUGAAGAAGUACAACCUCAAGGACUUGAGCAACGUGGUUGGAGAUAAUACAAGGACAGGCAACGUACUACUUCUCGACUCGAUAAUUGGAAGUGGAUGCGACAUUGGUGAGGAGUCAAAGAUAAUAUCCUCGAUUGUGAUGGACAACGUUUCGAUUGGACAUGGAUCGCACAUUGAAGGAUCGAUAGUUGGGAUGGGGGCAACUAUUCUUGAUGGGAGCACCCUGAUCAACUGUAAGGUAUCCCCGGGAUAUGUGUUCAAUGAGGUGGUUCAUGGAGAUUCCCAGUCCUUCAGCAAGUAA